UAUUAUGUAUACCUAGUUGAAAAUCAAAAUAUUUGGUUUUUGUAUAUUUUACUUCUACCUUAAACUCCAUUAUUUAGUUUGUAUUUUUUAUUGCUCUAGGAUUUGAAAUUAUAUAAAUGGGUGCACUCACUAGCAGACAAAAUGCUGGUGUGGAGGAAGCUGAUGUUGUAUCAAAUCAUGCAUACAAGUAUCCACCUAGAUCAGGAAAUUAUUUUGGAAGCCACUUCAUAAUGGGAGGUGAAAGAUUUGAUACUCCACAACCAGAAGCUUAUUUAUUUGGUGAGAAUGCUGACCUCAACUUCCUUGGUAGCAGACCUACACCUUUUCCAUACCCACCACCUCAAUCUAAUGAGCCAACCAAAACCCUAAGGAGCUUAAUCAAUAUCCGUAAGGAGUCAUUACGCUUUGUUCGCUGCCCUGAACCAUUGGGAAAAUUGAGUGAGACCAAUAAAAUUGGAGAUGGCCCUGUCAAAACUGUUGAUAAUAAUGGCAAGGGCACUUAUUACAAUAUUGAAUUUACAUUUGACUGUGAUGUCAGAUGUGCUAUUACAGUGUUCUACUUUUGCACUGAAGAAGUUACACCAACUGGUAUUGUACACUACCCUCGGGAUUCAUCAAUGUCUUCCCAGACUUACCAUUACAAGAAGGGAGCCAAUCAGCAGUUUUGUCAAAUCUCUCAUGUGUUUGAUCCAUCAAAAUAUCCAGAAGAAGAUCUUGUAUACAAUGCUGACCGUGAAAUUAUUCCCAUUGCAAUUUAUUGUGUUGUAGAUGAGGGGCAAGAUGAAAUUAGACAAUCUCACACAACUAUUGCUAUAGUAGAGAAGCACUUAGAUGGAACGUAUGUUUUGAAAGCUUUAAAGCAAAAAUUGUUCGUUGACGGAUUGUGUUAUCUGUUACAAGAGAUAUAUGGUAUAGAGAAUAAAAAUCUUGAUUCAAAGCCCACCUCAGAUGAGGAAACCGAAGAUGGUGGGUCUGAAUGUGUUAUCUGUAUGUGCGAUGUCCGUGACACACUGAUACUGCCCUGUCGGCAUCUUUGUUUAUGCAACUCAUGUGCGGAUUCCCUCCGUUACCAGGCCAAUAACUGUCCAAUAUGCAGAGCUCCGUUUAGGGCUCUGUUGCAAAUAAGAGCCCUUCAGAAGAUUUCAGCUUCGCCGACGUCACCUGCCUUGUUGCCCGCUGCCAGUCCACCAGAUGGCAGCAUGGAGAAUAUCCCAGCAGGUUAUGAGCCGGUCUCCCUCAUUGAGGCCUUGAACGGACCUCGAGCCCGUGUGGCCCCCCUCGCCCCGCCCGCCCCGGCCAUCGCCAGCCCCGACACGGACACCGCGUCGCAGGCCGCGGAGGUGUUAAACCGUUGCGUAGUUGAACGUAGCUCUUCAACUAGUUUGGGAAGUCGACGCAGUAGCUGUCGAGAUGAAAAGAGAGAUAGGCUCGCCCAACAUCCACUUACACCUGAGUUCCGUAUGUCAGUGCUACUCGCCCGUGAGCAAUCCAAACGCGACGAGAAAGCUGCCAGUCCCCUUCUUCAGAAACACAACAGCACCAGUGUGCCUGACAAACUCUCCAAGAGCAAGACCUCUCUAAACUCCAUUCCAACGUCGAUCCAUCGUUCUGAAGAAGAGAGUUGCUCCUGCUCCGUGGAGGGGCGAAGUGAAAUCGGUUCCGGUGAUUGUGGGGCAAAUUAUGGUGAAUGUGGAGCCGAUUGCGGGGUGGAUUGCGGGGAAUGUGGGGCGGAAAACGGGGCUGAAGAUGGAGGACCAGAUAGUGAUGCGGAGAGACGGUCGCCGCUUCUUACUCAUCUUACGCAUAACGGGCAGAUUAAGGCGAACGGCUCUUUGCGUACUCCAAGCUUGGAAGCCAUUCGACCUGCUCUCGCGCACAUCGACGACACUGAUAAUGAAGAAAACGAACAACACUUUGAUCAAAAGCCUCUAACAAGUUGUUAUGGGCACACAGCGGACCCUCUCCAUAGAGACGUGGAGUCGCCGGGUGUGGCCGAAGACUCGGACUAUUUCACGCCGGAAGAUACUAACACCACGAUACUGACUGUCCCCAAGCCUAACGCAGAUGUAGGUAAUAAGAUCGAAUGCGCGCCGCAACGUUGGGCUUUGCCGCAUCAUGUUACGUCGUUGCCUGGUACGCCGUUAUCGCAGUCUAGCGUGCGUUCGUCGGGCGAUUCUUACAGUUCCACGUCUUCCACUCGUCAACUUCUCGCAACUGCUCCACUCACAGCUGAUACUCCUUGUUAAAUUUAUGUCACUUCAUUAGUGUGGUAACAUAAAUAUUUUUAUUGUCUAUUUUUGCUAAUGUGCGAAAGAUUUUCAUAAUCGAUUUUGUAAUUCCUCAAAUUCCUACAAACAAAUUUACACGUAUUUGUCUCUUUAUCUGUGGUGUAAAAAGCUGUUAAACAUACAACAGAUAUUUGUAUUAAGUUGUUUAUUUAUAUUACUUGCAAAUAGAUUUUAUUUCUAUUGCCGAGAACCAAGGAUAUAGAAACGUAGCGAAAUUCUACGCGAAAUAGGAAACUCUAGAUAACGGAGUAAUUAAAUAAGUAUUCAAGAAAAUAAAAUGUGGUAAUUGGCCACAAAAUAAUUAAAUAUUAGAAAUGAUUAGGUAUAUGUUAUAUUUGUUAAGCAAAUAACUUGUGAUCUAAAAUCAACUCAAUCCCUUGUCGAUAUAUUUUACUAGAAUAAUUAUAAAUAAUAAGAAUAUCUUAUACUAUAACAUUAUUAACUUUACUAUAACUAUGAACAUAUGUUUUAAUUAUUCAAAUAUAAAAUUUUAUAUUUAUAAGUGAUCAGGCUGCUAUAGAUAAUAUGAUAAUAUUGAUGCCUUUUGUGUUAUAAAAACAGGUUUAUGCUUUUUAAAAGUAGUAUAGCGGGUAGGUGCCAAAUAUUUUUUGUCAGUCAAUCAUGUAAAGAAUUAGUAUAUCCUCUGACUAAUCCUAAUUUAAAUAGCUAAUAAGUUUGAUUUGACUGUAUGUCUGUAUUUUCUGGAAUUGUUAAUAAAAUAAUUUCAAUAGCAUGCAACCUGAGUGUAGCUUAUUAAUUAUUAUUUCAGUGCAUAUUUAGUAAUAUUAUAUUCAACUGGUUGAAACUAAUAUUACUAAAUGUAAUAUGUAGUAAGUUGACUAAAUAACAUUCCUGGAAUCUCUAUAUUUUUCCUGUGUAUUAAAAAUAAAUACUAUGU